CGCUACAUGUGCCAUGAGUGCGGGAAAAGCUUCAAUCGGCGCUCAAACCUUAUUGCACAUCAGAGAAUCCACACUGGGGAGACGUCCUACACCUGCUCUGAGUGCGGGAAAAGCUUCGGGCGGAGCUCACACCUUAUCAGACAUGAGAGAAUCCACACUGGGGAGACGCCCUACACAUGCUCUGAGUGUGGGAAAAGCUUCAAUCGGCGCUCUGCCCUUAUCACACAUCAGAGAAUCCACACUGGGGAGACACCCUAUACAUGCUCUGACUGUGGGAAAAGCUUCAAUCGGCGCUCAAACCUUAUUACACAUCAGAGAAUCCACACUGGGGAGAAGCCCUACACGUGCUCUGAGUGCAGGAAAAGCUUCAGGCUGAGCUCUGACCUUAUCAGCCAUGAGAGAAUCCACACAGGGGAGAUGCCCUACACGUGCUCUGAGUGCGGGAAAAGCUUCAAGCAGAGCUCAAACCUUAUCACACAUCAGAGAAUCCACACAAGGGAGAUGCCCUACACGUGCUCGGAGUGCGGGAAAAGCUUCAAUCAGCGCUCAAACCUUAUUACACAUCAGAGAAUCCACACUGGGGAGAAGCCCUACACAUGCUCUGAGUGCAGGAAAAGCUUCAGGCUGAGCUCUCACCUUAUCAGACAUCAGAUAAUCCACACAGGGGAGACGCCCUACACGUGCUCUGAGUGCGGGAAAAGCUUCAGGCUGAGCUCUCACCUUAUCACACAUCAGAGAAUCCACACAGGGGAGACGCUCUACACGUGCUCUGAGUGCGGGAAAAGCUUCAAUCGGCGCUCAAACCUUAUUACACAUCAGAGAAUCCACACUGGGGAGAUGCCCUACACGUGCUCUGAGUGUGGGAAAAGCUUCAUUCAGAGCUCACACCUUAUUAGACAUCACAAAAUCCACAGG